UACACUGCCUUUAAAUACAGCAAUUAAAAGUUGGUACAAAGAUGGUUCAUAUCAAAUCUCGUUAGAUUUAGUUUUUUUAAUAUCCAAUGUGAAUGACUUUUUUCUGAAGAGGAGAAUUUUUCGGUUCGGAGAGGAGAACACAAAGAUGGAUUCUUCAAGUAAUGGAGAUUCUGGUAUUUUACCGGUGGAUCCAGUGUCGAACUGUUCCCCCGGGGACAUUCCCAACACCCCAUCAGAGGAUGUUUUGAAUAUGGACACCAUCACAAACGAACACAAAAACAAUCGAGUGAUAGACUCGGACGUUCGAACCUCAGACAGCGGAUCCCCGAAUUCGAAUUCAACAAAUUCGGAGUUGUUGUCCGGCAAAAAUUUAACUUUCUCGCCAGAACACGUUGCGUGUGUGUGCGAAGCUCUCCAACAGAAGGGGGAUAUCGAGAGACUCGGGCGUUUUCUCUGGUCCUUACCCCCCAGUGAACUUUUAAGAGGAAGCGAAGCGGUGCUCAAAGCUAGAGCCACGGUGGCAUUUCACCGCGGGAGUUACAGAGAGUUAUACGCCAUUCUGGAAAGUCACAAAUUCGACGAGGGCAAUCAUGCUUUUCUGCAGCAACUUUGGUACAAGGCCCACUAUAUGGAGGCACAGAAAAUCCGCGGGAGACCUCUGGGUGCCGUCGACAAGUACCGUUUACGAAGGAAGUAUCCUUUACCGAAAACAAUCUGGGAUGGGGAGGAAACUAUUUACUGUUUUAAAGAGAAAUCACGACAAUCAUUGAAAGAGUGCUAUAAAAAUAACAGGUACCCCACUCCCGACGAGAAAAGGAAUUUAGCAAAGAAAACGGGUCUGACAUUGACCCAAGUCAGUAACUGGUUCAAAAAUCGCAGGCAACGAGACCGCACGCCCCACCAGAACCCAGGGAAAGAGAUGAUGGAAGAAAGCAUGAUGCAUUCAUUUGGGCACCACCAGGCGCAUCACCACCAACACCUCCACCACCAGCACCACCAACAGCAAAUGUGUAACAACGGACAGAUGAUGGUACCACAUGACUACGGUGGUGACCUGGCUAUGUCCGCCAAAAUGCUGGACGCGCGACUGACAGACGACGUCCGGGUUAACCUGUCUUUCGUGAAAAACGAACCACUGCCUCCUUCAUAUCUUCGUUCUCCCUUUGAUCAUUCUCAUCACAGGUUUCCUCACACCAUUCCCCCCGUCUGAGAACGACUGUGGCGCCAUCUGGCGUUGCUGUAUGUCACUUCCCCCUCUGUGUAGACAGUUUGCGACAUGUCGUAAAGUGGUAGAUUUUCGCCGCGUCAUCCGACAUUCGAUACUCGGGAUCUACUGAUAAGUCUUGCCUUUUUUUAACUUCACUAUGAUGAUAAUGAUUACGAUUCGGUGAUGGUCCGACAAUAUGACUGCAUUUCAUUUUUCAUAUUACCGACAUUAGUCUGCGUUUUUGACAUUCAUUACAUUUUUUUAAAAGCCGGUAGAAUUCAUUGAGUUGCACCAUUUUGACAUUGUCUACUUCUUGUUGUUAUGUCAGUUUGUACCUACUAAGUUCUGUCGGUAAAUUGACAAACGGUUACUUUAUUUGUAUUAAGUUUUUUUUUCAUUAAUGGAUCAAUGCUUUUAGUUUUGUUUAUUAGUCUAUGUCGCUUUCUAAAACAGUCGACAAUGACUGUUACAUGUAUAAAUCACCUACAAUGUAGGAUCCAUGAUCUACUGGCCAGACGUGUGUCUCACUUGGAAAAAAAAGUGGCUGUUGUCAUAGUUACCAAAGUAUAUUGUUCUUUUUUUUUAAUUAUUAAUGUUUGUGUGCGCUAUAAACUAGGGUCAUGUACACUUUUUUCUGUUCUUAUGUAAUACUACGAUUUACCGACUCGCAAAGGAAUAUUUUUAUUUUUACCAUAAGAAAACAAAUAAUCGGCAGCAGACAGACUAUAUUUUAAACGCUUCAAAGUAAGGUUUUUUCCAAAGUUCAUUUCCUCUGUAUCCACAUACACUGUAUAUCUGGCGCAUUUAAGGGCAAUUGUCUUUCUGCCAUAUUUCAAAUUUUAAAAUUAGAAAACACACAAUCAAAAUUUUGUAAUGAACACAUUAAAGUGGUUCAGCUUAAUUUGGCUAUUUUUGCAUAAAGAAUAAUUGGAAUGGAUCGGAAAUAUUUUGCAAUAUAUGUUAUAUAUUGUUCUUGAUAAUUGUGUGAAAUUAAUAAUUAUUGAUAUUUCCGGAAAUGAAUAUCAUUAUAUGUCUAUGUAGGUAAUCAUUAAAUACGACUCAUUAAUACAGUUAGAAAGUAUAGAUAAUGUGUAUCAUAUCAUUUUACAGACUCGAUAAUUUUUUUCCUCUUCAAGUUUCCGUAUCAUUUUUUUAUCGUUUGCAGCUGUUCCCAGUAUUCGUUAAUCAAUCAAUCAUAAAGAGUUCAACGGUCAAUAAGAUAUUUUCCUAACCUCAUUAUACAUUUUCUUCGUUGUCAUAAGCGUUCGAGUUGUAGCCAUGGUGUACACAUGGUUUUGAUAGAGAGUAAUUUUACUCUGUGUCUUUUAUAAUCCCGGUGUUAGGGUGAUAGAAAAGCAGAAAAAGCCUCAAAUUUAUUUGCUUCGCUGAUUUUAGAGAGCAACAGUUCUUUUAAAAUAGAAUUAUUCUUCGAAGAAAGCAAUGGGCGUACCCAAAAUCAAAGGAAACAAACAUUUGUACAGUUGUAUGAUCAUUUAACAAUUUAACGGUAUUAAAUGAGUUUGACUUGGCACACAGUAAUGUUAUUCUUAUUUUGAAAUGACAAUCUUUGUAACUUGUAUAUUUAUUAUUUUUUAAAACCUUGUUCAGAUUAAAAAAAUAAAUGAACAGACGUCAGAUCUUUA